AUGGCUUCUCCACGGCUCGCAGCAUCUCUAUUCCUCCGAAUAUCGCGGCCGUCAAUUACAAAGCCAACACAACACUUCAGAGCUUUACCACGAGCUGCAGCUCCUCGAAUUACAUCAUCCCCGCGGCAGCUACUACAAUGCCGAUUCAAGUCUGACGAUACAAUUGACGGAGACUGGGCGACCAAAACUUAUGAAUUUGAAGAUGUCAACGCCCUAAGUGAGAAGCCCGAUCCAAACCGCCUCCUGAUCGAUACGCGCGAACCCUCAGAGAUAGAAGCUACCGGUAUCAUUCCCGGGUCUCUAAAUAUACCGGUUAAGUCACAGCCAGACGCUUUCUUUAUAUCUGAAGAGGAAUUCGAGGAUCGAUAUGGCUUCGAGAGGCCGGGCAAGGGUCGGGAGCUUAUUUUCUACUGCAAAUCUGGGGUGAGGAGUCGCGCCGCGGCCGAAUUGGCGAGGCAGGCUGGCUGGAGGAAGAUUGCGGAGUAUCCGGGGAGUUGGUUGGAUUGGGAGAAGAAUGGCGGUGUCAGAGAUGGUGGCAAGUGA